UUUCAUUUAUAAUACUACUUAUUAAAAAUAAACUCAAAAUUUUAGUCAAAAAUAUAAUAUUAGGUCAAGUUUUUUUAAAUGAAAAAAUGAAUUUUCGAAGAAGUAGUCUGUUCAGCUAUGGAUCUCGUAUAAGUCGUGUAACUAUGCCAGAAAAAGAACCAAAUUACAAUGAAAUGACUGAUGAAGAGUUAAAGCUUCUCUUGGAAAGUACAAUGGGUACCAAUAAAAUAUUAAUUUUAGAAAACGAAAUUUUCGAAAGAUACUUAGAGCGCCGAAAUCCACAACCUUUGACAACGAUGGCACAGGUCUUGGAAUCGGCGAAGCGAACUCGAAAAACGACUUUACAGUUUGACCCGAGAUCUUCGGUAAUUAGUUUGAGCGGAAGUAUGCGCAUGAACCGAGAAAGGCUAGAGACAGUAAGCCCUAACAGUUCUCCAAGCGGAAGUCGUCGAUUCACUAUGACUGUGAUGCAUGCUCCGAGAGGAUACAGAAUCAACUUGAAUCAUCGAAUGGAAAUGGUCAAAAAGGAAAUCGAAGAAAUAAAAAGGAGCCUUAAAGAAAUGGACUUAACAUGUAUUAGAAAGCGAGCUAACUUAACAGCACGAUUAGAAGAAGCUGAAAUACGAAUUUUGGAAACAGCAGAAAUCAAGAAGGAAUUUCAAGAAAAAUUUGUUAAGAGUGCCACGAAUAAUUUAACUGAGAAAAUAUCAGCUGAUAAAUUCAUCAGAUACAUAGAAGGACGCCUGAAAGUUAGUGAUAACAUGAUUCAUAAGUUGAGAUUAAAAACGUCAGAGUUGAAAACACAAAUAAAAAAAAAGAAAGAACAAUUGGACGCACGCCGCGAAAUUAGUGAGGCACUUCGUCCUAUCGAAUUUGAACAAUUAGCAAUCGAGAACGAGAUUUAUGAGCGUCAAAUCCAAGAAAGAACGAAGCAUUUUCUCGAAAUGAAAAAAGAGUUUGGUCGUUUUAAUGUCAUGGUGACAAAUAACAAGCAAAAUUUAAGCGAAAAGCAAGCAAUAUUGCAGAAUAUCAAACGUGAUAUAGAAAGCAAAAAUAGUAAUAUAGAGAAACUAAAAGAAGAAAAGAAAAUAAGAGAAGCUUGGAUCGCAAAGGCGGAACAAGAAAAUAAAAAAUGUUCAAAACUCAAUAGAGAAUAUAUGAUUCCAGACUUUAGCCUCAAUUUAUAAUCAAGGUGAAGAGUGCCGUUAUUACGCAGUAAAUUGUCUCUGGAACAAAAAAAUGGCCAUUAUGAAUUAAUGAAGGUCACCAAAUGCAAUUCAAUAAAAUGAUAAAAAUUAAAUAAAAACUUUGUAAUCCGAAAU